AUGGAAAAAAACAAACGCUUACGAAGGCACCGUACUUAUCUUCCCAAUCAACUCAACGAAGAAAAGGAAAAUUAAGAAAAAAAUCAUGUCAACACGGCUGCUUAUGCAUGUGCAUUAGCUUCUUAAGAAGCAAUUUUCGUGACGCCUUAAAUGACGUAAUUGAUAAGAUUAAACGUCACGCGAUCACGAAUCCUGUGAACCCGAGUCAGUUUUCUUCGUCGAUGUAAGCAUGGUUGCCCAUUCUGAGAUUCUUUUGUUGAAGUGUGCUCAGUUUAAAGAACAAGGUGAAUUUAUUGAUGUUCAUUUAAAAGUGGGGGAAGAACUUUUCUCAGUUCAUCGCAUCGUGCUCGCUGCCAGUAGCGAUUAUUUCCACGCCAUGUUUGCUCAUGGAAUGAAAGAGUCAAACCAGGAAGUGAUCGAGCUCAAAGAUGAGAGCAUUUCAGCAGCUGCUUUGAAGAUCGUGCUGGAUUCUAUCUACAGCGGAGAUCUUGAAGUCAACGAUGAAAACGUAUUUGAAGUUCUUGUCGCAGCCGAUCACCUCCAAGUUACCAGUGUUGUUCAACAGUGUUGUGAUUACUUGCAGACCCAGUUUGUCCAGCUUCGAUUUGAUGUGCAGACAUAUUGUCAGAUCUGUACCAUUGCAUAUCGGCACGGACUGACUGACCUACAAGAAGCUGCACAGAGCAAGAUGGCGUCGAUGUACAUGGAAGUUUGCGAAAUUGAAGAAUUCUUGUCGCAUAUCGACGCCGAUCAGCUCUCGAACCUUCUCAUUCGAGAAGACCUCAGUGCUCCUUCAGAAACAUUCGUGUUUAAAUCUGUAAUGCAGUGGGUCAAAUACAAGAAGGAAGAAAGAAUGGCAGUCGCUGCUAAAGUCAUAGGUUCCGUUCGUCUGGGACUGGUGAAUAUUAGAGAAGUGAUCAGAGAGCUAAAUUCAGAAGAAAUGAAGCAAGUACCAGAGAUUCACACGCUUCUUCACGAAUCACUCUUGUACAGCUACGUUCCGUCAAGCUCUGCAUUUGGCGAAGAAAAAGGGAAAAUACGCUCAUCGAGCUCAGUAAGAAUUUAUACUUGUUUCAUAAUGACAAAAGUGAAACUUAACCGCAUUUAUACGUUCCCUUGACGUAAUCCAUUGCAGGAGCUGUCCAUUGUUAUAACCAAGGAAAAAAGUGCGUUCCUCCAUACUUAACCAGAGAUCGGGCGUUAUUAUUAUUAUUAUGAUUGUUAUUAGUGUUAUUGUUAUUAUUAUUAUUAUUAUUAUUAUUAUUAUCAUUAUCACUAUUUUUGGCUUCUUUGCUUCUUUGGUUCGAGAGGGAAAAAAAGAACGCCUGAUGCAUUCAUUUAACAAGAGGUCAACCGCCCCCUAAUUUACAUAAUGUAACGUCUGUUUGACCUGUUAUCUGAUUAGCCAAUCAGCGUUUUUGUUUUUUUUGUGAUGCAAUACUGCUAGCCAGACUGGAGCUGCCGUAUCUUAUUUAACAGCUACAAAUGAAUAAAGAAUUUACCGGUAAAAGUUCGUUGACUUCGUUCUGUGCCGAUCGAAAGCAGUGAAAAAAAUUGGUGCACCAUAUUUCACGAACUGAAAAGUGUUGCGAAAGCGAAGAUCACUAAGAAUAAUUUGCAGGUUUCUGAAGGAGGAAUUAAAGUCAAGCCAGGUCAAGAUUCCAUUCAUGAAUUGAUUAUUUGAAAAGUGAAUCUGUUUGUUGCUUCUGUAUUUAAACUUGUAUUCGGUAUCAAAUUGCAUUCAAAUGAUCGGUGAAUUUUUGACUUCAAUUUUUAAGUAUAUGAUGAGAUGGAAAAUAUUUCAAUGGAUAAAAUUUCGUUGUAGACUGAUUCUUCAAAUUAAAGAAAUCUCAGCCGGGAGAAAUUUCAUAACGAACUCGCGUGUGUAUUCACUGUUUAUUGUGCAAGCAAAAAUGCAGACUGAAAUCAACAACUAAUGCAUUGCGGCAUUUUGGCCAAUCAGAACAGCACAAAUCAUCCGUAUUGUUUCCUAUCCAAUCAGAGAGAAGUCCAGAUUCUGGCUUUUUUGCACGUGAUCUAUGAAAGAAUUGUAUCAUGCCCUCCUCCCAAAAACAGGGCAUUAUCGGAGGCUACUCUAUACCUAACGAACGUCUCUCCUAUACAAUAGGAACAUAGGCUUGACUAGACUUACCCGUUAAGUAACUUUAGCCCGGUUUGUCAAACCGUCUAUUAAAAAGUAGGAAUAAGAGGAGCGAUCACCUAACAACGCGAGAAACAGCUUGUGUCUUCUAUUUUAAUAGCGCUAAAAUACCGUAAAAUUCCGAAAAUAAGCCUUGGGGCUUUAUAUUUUUCAAAGGCCCUUUUUGAGGGGCUUAUUUUUUGAGGGGCUUAUUUUUUAAGGGGCUUAUAUUCGGAGGGGCUUAUCUACGGAGGGAAAUUUGCGUUUCAAAAUCGAUUGAGCUAGCCUUAUAGUUGGAAGUAAAUUUACUGUUUUUGCUUUGUUUUACUUUUACUUUGUAUUUGAGGGCAAUUUUCCAAG